GCGACAUUGAAUAAUGGCUUGAAUUUCGUUUCAUUUUCAUUCAAGUCGAGUUAUUCGUCCGUUGAGGUUGUUAGUUACAUGCCGCCUCACUGCCAAGUACCAUAAAAAAAAAACAAAACGUAGUGUCAAAAAAAGUUAUCAUGAAAAGUAUUGCAGCUUAUCAUAUAUCCAUUGCACUGGCCCUUAUAUCCAAGGUCGCCACCUAUACGAAUAGCCCACAAGGACACUACCUAGCAAAGAAAAACAGGUGUUUGAACCCCCCACGCACUGCACGGCGUGUAGAAACUGUCAUACAGGAAUGCCAAGAGGACGUGAAGAACAAACUUAUAAGAGAGGCCUAUCAAAUGCUAAAAGAAGAAGUGUACAAAGGUUAUCAACCUUUGGAUGCCAAUGAAGACCACAUGCAGUUUAUGACAGAUGUGUCCGAUUCAGCGCCACAUGAAGCCAUAGGUCAGGUGUCAGGUGGCUCUACUGUGUCAGCUUAUUCGUCAUCUUCGAAUGCGGGUUUUGAAUUGCCGUCGGGUUACGAUACCUAUGAAAUUGAUUCAUCCAAACGACGAGUGACUCGCUUACUGCAUCAUAUUCGUCGUAUCGCACAUGACUCGCCCACCAACAUUAUUUAUCAUCCCACGUUGGUGCCUUUCGAGGACAAACGGAUAGCGGGCUGCCUACUGCACUGUGUCUAUGCGAAAAACAACGCAAUCGACGGAUUCGGAUGGCCCACACUAGACGGCCUAGUGGACUUUUAUUCGGAGGGAGUGAACGAACAUGGCUUCUUCAUGGCUACUUUGCGUUCUGUGAACCUUUGUCUGCGGGCAGUGACCAUCAAGUACCAGGUGAAUCGUCGCAAAUUGCCUGAGCGAGGAGAAAGUUGCGAUUUGGCAUUCGACGUCUUUGACUGCAUUUCAGACCAAAUAACGGGUUAUUGCUUGGACCAAUAUAAGUAAUACGUUCCCAACGCAAAGAAAGUCCAUAAAAUAUUUUCUGGAGGAACCUUUUUUGAUAUAGCAUGUAAACAUCAAAAUAUUUUAUGUACCUACUUAUGUGCAUCGGUAUAUAAAUUCAUCAGUUUAGCAAAUCAUCUGAACGGUAUUUGUUAUUAUCUACAAAUUAUAUUCAAAUUAAAGUAUAUAAUUGCACAUACAUACAUACAUACUUCUAAGAUCUCUAUAGUCACUCCGUGGCCAAAAUAAUUAAGAGUAAUAUCUUUGGUCCUAUAGCCAGAAUAUGUAUGAGACGGUAUUAUGUGCCAUUUGUUAAAUUAGGGUACAUACAUACAUACAUAUAUGUAACUAAGAUAGGGCGCUAAAAACCUGAAAACCUAGUGUGGAGUUCUAUUCCCAGUAUUUUGCUAUGCAUAUGUACAUAUGUACUUUUAAUUGUACAUUCAUAGGUAUGUAUGUUCUUGUACUUGUACCUAGAUAUGUAUUAAAGUCAUGA